GGCGAUCAGGGCCUAGCGCGUUGCUAGGUCCAAGUGGAGCCUGCUGCAGGAGGUGGAGAGGGGGAGGGGGGCGGUUCUUGUUGUUGCGGUUGCUAAGGUUCUUUCCUGCAAAUAUUAUUUGUCCUCGGCUCAGCCCAACAUUUAACCUGAAGCCAAUAAUGUGCGUUAUUUAUGAACAGCACUUUUAAAUAAUUUAAGGUGGGACCUGAGUGAUUCGUUAUGUUCUGUUGAAAUGAUGAACAGUGCAGUGUUGGACCAGGCCCUGGAGGAGGAUUUAGACAGUGAAGCAUCUUCGAGAAUAUUUGCAGCAGGAGAGGAGACACCAAUUUGUGACACUGGCAGGAGCUCAGGAGGAGCUGGGUCACCCAGCACCCUGAACAGAAGUGCACGAUCCAGGCGGAAACACAGAAAUGACGUGAAGGAAGCAACAAUUAUGACUCUGCCAGAGGAGAAGCUAGCACAAGCAGAGCAGAGAGCGAGGAUGUACACUGCCAGUCAAGAGGGCGCACCUGCAAUGCAGGAACUGAUGCGCUGUGUGGCACUGGCAAGGAUCAGUUUUGGGGACCUUCACUGGAAGAUGGCACGGGCCCACAUCAACCUCGCAGAAGGUUAUCUGGAAAUCAAAGGACAGGCCCUGCAAGCGAAGCAACACUGUGAGAAGGCCAAAGAGAUCAUGUACGCCAAUACUCAACAUCCAGUUUCCGAGGAGGAGAGGGAAGGUAUCCUUGGAUGUUUGAUUACCAUGUUCCUCAUACUGGGCAAAGCACUGAUGGGACUUCGGAAUCUGAAGGAGGCAGGGCAGAAUUUGCUCAAGGCGGAGAAGGUUGCAAAUGAGCUUCGACAGGCCGAUGGAGUGCCACAGGAAGAUGUUAGACGAGUAGACACUGAAAUUACUUUGUCCUUGGGAAGGUUGCAUAUGAAGGAGAACAGAUCAGAAAAGGCUGUGGCAUGUUAUGAAAAAGCGCUCCAUAUGGUCAAACUCGAUAAGGGUGAAAACAGUAUGGAGUGUGUCGCUAUUUACCGGGACUUGGCAGCAGCAGAGCAAGCCAGAGGUGCCCAUGACGUGAGCAUGCAGCACCUAAUGCGGGCUCAUUCCAUAGUGCUGACUAACACUGCCUCCACAGAGGAGGAGGGGCAAAUAACUCUCGCUCUAGCAGAGGCCUACACUUCCACUGGCAGAGCUGAGCAUUACCAGAUAGCAGAGAAAUACUACAAACAGAGUCUGCAAUGUUACCAGGCAGCACUGGGAAGAGAACACGCUUCAUCUCUCUCGGUCCUGGAUGAUUACUGUCGAUUCCUAAUUAUGAUCAGAAAUUAUCCAGCUGCUUCGAAAGUACUUCAAGAAUCCUUGCCAGCCAAGCUUUCUACCUUUGGAGAUUUCAGCACAGAGGUGGAAAAGACAUAUCACCUAUUUGGAGGAAUCGAAUUAGCACAGGGACACCAGAAAGCAGCCUACAAAAUGUUCAAAAAGUGUUCCCUUCUGCCCUGAAGACAAUGACUCAUGCUUUUGUUGGGCUGCAUGGAUGCAUCACCCUGUUGGCCAGUCUCAAUGUGUCAGCCUUAGAUAGUGAUGUAGUCAUGAUGUUCAAAUGGAGCUGGAGAAGAUCACAGCUUAAGGCCAACACUGGCAAUGCACCUGCACUGACUGCGGCGAGCCGACUUUACAACCUAAGGCCUGGAUUUUCGCCAUAACAAAGAGGCUCUCCGUCAUUGCGGAGAUCCCAGAAGUGACCGAAACCCCGAACCCGGCAUUUCCCAUCUUCACAGAGGUGGGACGGCAGUCGGGACGGGGUUCGUGCAUGCGUGAUUCACAGAGGCAGCUGGCCAUUUAAAUCAACAGCUGCUCCCACUGAAGUGGGAUUUUGGAAGAGCAGGAGUGUGAAAUCUGGAUUGUUCAGAAUAGUCCAGGUAAGAGGAGGUCUGAACCUGGUAGAUGUGUUUGGAUGGUCAGCUGUCAAGGAACUGUCCAGCUGUUGAGCAAGUGCCAAUCAGCUGUCCAGCUGUCAAGGAAUGGCCCAGCUGUCAAAGCUGUUCAGGAAAUGUCCAAGGAUACUAGGUAAGUUGGCGUGGAUAGGGUAAAGGAAAAGGCUGGCAUGGCUUGCAGGAGAUGGCACCAAGUUGACACAGAGGGAAUGGGGAUCAUGGGGGGUGUGGGUAGAGGGACACUAAGUUGGCAUAAGGGUGUGAGGAGCCAUUCAUGGUAGAUGGGGAGAAUGGGUUGAUUUAGCUUGGUGUGGAUAGGCCAUAAAGAGUGUGU